GUCGCCUGGCUUCCGAGCUAUCGAGACGUAUCGCGAUGAGCUCCGUCGGAGCGGUAACGGCCGCUGAUAGCCGUGGAAUUUCUGCUGAGUUAGGCUCCCAAGGAUACAGGAUCGUACUGCCUCCCCUGCCGAAGGGCGUUCACGCCCUGAAUUCUGUCUUUCUGCACGCCGACAUUACGGCGCGGCCUUAUCGCAUUGAAGAUUUUAAAGCCGGACUCGAGAAAGCGGGAGUACUAGGCGAAAUCGCCGCAUGUAGUUCAUUUCAGAUGAACCACGUGUGGAUGGUGACUCUGAAAACACCGUCGGCCAAGAAGAAGCUGGUGGACGCCGCGUCCUUCGAGGCUAAAGGGAGACGCUGCAUCGUCGUCGACCCGGAGAAGGCCGAGGUGAGGCUGAAGCUUCAUUGGAUUUCUUUUCACCUUCCGGACGAAACCGUGAAGAAGGCCCUGGAGCCGUAUGGCAAGGUUGAGGACGUCGCCCGAGAGACCUGGCGUGUCGGAGGCUUCGAAGGUGUGCAGUCGACCACCCGAGUCGUGAGGCUGACCCUAAGGGAAGGCGUCACGCUCGAGAACCUUCCGCACCAACUACGGCUCCCAGGCUGCACGGCCCUGGUGCUGGCCCCGGGUAGAGCUCCGCUCUGCCUCAGGUGCCGUCGAACCGGCCACAUUCGUAGGGAGUGCCGAGUGCCGCGCUGCGAGAGCUGCAGACGUUUCGGACACCUACGCGACGACUGCAAGAAAACCUAUGCAGACGUGGCUAACGGCGGCCCUGAGGACGACGCCUCGGAGCUACUCAUGGACCAGGAUGAAGCUGAGGACGCGGCAGGCGGAAACUCGGAGGGCAGCCAACCUCAGAGGCGAGCCGAGACCACCGUGGUCGUCCCACCACCCGAGACGUCCACCACGGCCGAGCUCCCCGCAGAAAACACGGACACCCCGAAACCGGUGGGCGACGACGUCGCACGCGUUUCGGCCCUCCAGGGGGACGAGCGCGAGCACGACUACGCCUGCCGGGAGUCGACCCUGGCUGCCGUUGAAAGGGAGAACGACCAGAAGGACGGCGAGAUGGACGCCGUGAGCGGCUCUGCCAAGCGUUCCCUGGAACCGACACCAACCCAGGAGCCCGGUCAACCGCAGAACCUGCAGGAGAGGGUACUCCAGAGGUGGCAGACGGUGACUUCCAAGAGGGGCCGACGCCACGCCCCCCCUCAAGGACCACCGGAGGGCCACGUGCCGAAGGCUCCAUAG